AUGAACGAUUACAAGCCAUUUGUAACACCCUCAGAUGUAAGGAACAAAGUGGAGGUCGCUGAUACCGUGCCUACACAAUGCCAACGCUAUGGCGGUCGCGCGGCGGCACAGGCUUUGGUGUCAAAACUGAUGUACGUCACACCCCCGUCUACCUGCAUUUCCGCAUGUCUUGUUAACCAAAAGGAGCCGCCAAUCCUGUGCCCUGUGGGUUGCAAUACAUCAAACCCUUCGCAAGGUCUGACUCCAAUUAAGUGUGAUUACCUAAAUGAGGACUUCAACAGCGAUGCGGUGAAACUGCGUCUCAGAGCUGAACUUCCACAUCUGACGAGGAAACAAAUUGCACAGUAA